AUUAUGAAGUGGCAAGAGAUUGUGGAGGAUGGCAUGGGAGUAGGAGAUGUUAAGGUUGGUUAUCUGUCGAGUGAGAUUGAGGAACGAGUCGAAGCAAUCAAGUCGAUGUUUCUGUCGAUGAGCGACGGAGAGAUAAGUACAUCGGCCUACGACACGGCUUGGGUUGCUCUUGUAGAGGACGUCGACAGGAGUGGCAACCCUCAGUUCCCGGAAGCUCUUCAAUGGAUUGCAGACAAUCAGCAUCCCGACGGUUCUUGGGGCGAUGAUCUCCUCUUCUUUCCCCACGAUCGAAUCCUCAACACCUUGGCUUGUGUCGUAGCUCUAAAGUACUGGAAGAUCCAUCCUGAUAAAUGUGAAAAAGGAAUAUCAUUCUUCAAAGACAACAUAUCUAAACUCGGAGAGGAGAAGCUCGACCAUAUGCCCAUUGGGUUCGAAGUUACUUUUCCUUCACUUGUCGAGACCGCUCGGAAAUUGGAGAUCAAGGUCUGCGACGACUCUCCGGUCUUCGAAGAGAUAUAUGCGAUCAGAAAUACUAAGCUCAACAAGAUACCGAGCGACGUGUUGCACCAAGUGCCCACAAGUCUACUCCAUAGCUUGGAAGGAAUGAAGGGAUUGAAUUGGGAAAAGCUUCUGAAAUUGAAGAACGCAGAUGGGUCGUUCUUGUUCUCUCCCUCCGCCACUGCAUUUGCAUUCCUGCAAACCGGGGAUGUGAGUUGCUUGAAUUAUUUAAGGAGGACUGUCCAAAGAUUCCAUGGAGGAGUUCCGAACGUGUAUCCGGUUGACUUGUUCGAGCAUCUGUGGGCCGUUGACCGCUUGCAGCGACUCGGAGUCUCAAGAUACUUCAAGGAAGAGAUCAAAGAAUGCAUGGGCUACGUUUAUAGAUAUUGGAGUGAUAAAGGGAUCUGCUGGGCAAGGAAUUCAAGAAUCACUGAUAUUGAUGACACCGCCAUGGGAUUCAGGCUCUUGAGACUCCAUGGCCAUGGAGUGUCUGCUGAUGUGUUUGAACAAUUCAAGAGAGGAAAUGAGUUCUCCAGCUUUGAGGGGCAGUCGACGGAGGCGGUCACCGGAAUGUUCAAUCUCUAUAGGGCCUCUCAGUUGAUCUUCCCAGGAGAGAAAAUCCUCGAGGACGCCAAUAGACAUGCGGCGGAGUUUUUGAGACGGAAACAAGAAGCUAACGAGCUAGUCGAUAAGUGGAUCAUAACCAAGGACUUACCCGGCGAGGUCGGGUACGCUCUGGAUGUUCCAUGGUACGCGAGCUUACCCCGUGUCGAGAUGAGAUUUUACAUAGACCAGUAUGGCGGCGAAAGCGACAUUUGGAUUGGCAAGACUCUCUACAGGAUGGGGUACGUGAACAACAAUGUCUAUCUGGAGCUCGCAAAGCUGGAUUACAACAAUUGCCAAGCUUUGCACCUUUCGGAAUGGGACAAUUUUCAGAGGUGGUAUUGCGAGAGCAAACUCGUGGACUUUGGGACAAGCUGGAAGACUCUUCUCUACUCUUAUUUCACAGCGGCGGCGAGCAUUUACGAACCGGAACGGGCAAGAGAGCGGCUUGCCUGGGCCAAAACGAGCGUGUUGGUGGAUACGAUCGCCUCGUGUCUUGAGGGAGGGGGAACUUCUCACGAGCGAAGAAGAGCCUUCGUUCACGAGUUCAGAAAAUUCUCCAAGAAACAGGAGCACAUAAAUGGAAGGAGCUCCAUUCCCGAUACGGGAGGAGAAGGGCUGGUCGCAACUCUGCUCGGAACCCUGGACCAGCUCUCAUUGCAAGCGUUGGUGGCUCGUGGCAUAGACGUUAGCCAUCCUAUGCGUGCUGUGUGGGAAAAGUGGCUGCUGGGGUAUGGAGAGGAAGGAGAUAAGUUCAAAGGAGUCGUCGAGCUCCUUGUGCAGAUGAUAGCUCUCGGCGCUGGCGGCAACACCGCUCUCUCAGACGACCUCUCUUCUCAUCCUCGGUACCACCAUCUCUGCAACCUUGCUGACGCGAUCUGCCGUCGCUUGGCUCGCCACCAAACCCAAGAGGUCUGCAAAAAUGAGCGCGUCCAAACGGAAACGGCCAUGCAAGAGCUGGUGCAGCUGGUGCUCCAGGAUUCAACGCCCGUGAUCAAUAGAGAGUUGAAGGACGCAUUCUUUGCAGUCACGAGGAGCUUCUACUACACUGCCCACUGUGAUGCUGGGACAAUCGAUUCCCACAUUGCCAAAGUGCUCUUCGAGAGAGUGAACUAAGAU